UGAGACGGUGACUGUUGGCCGUGGAUCCAUUUCACAGGCCUGCCCUCUCUCACUAACGAUCUUCCUCGUCCCCGGGCCAACUCGGACAGCUUGCUCAUUUACUGCAACGGUCAAGGCUGGCUGGUGCCAGAACAGCGCGCGCGCGCACACACGGGGUGGGGGGGGGAGAAACUUUUUUAAAAAAAUGAAAGCCUAGACUGGCUCGUCGGCGGCGCGGGCGCUGCGCGAGGGGUUCGGAGCUGACUCCCCGCAGCAGGAAAUCCCUCGGGUCGCGACGUCCGGCCCCCGCUCGGCGCCCGCGUGGGAUGGUGCGCGCUCGCGGACGGGCACCGAGAGCUGCAGCACCGAAGGCCGGCCACCAUGGCAGCUCGCCUGCCGCCCGCGCCCCCCGCCCGCGCCCUCCUGCUCGCCCUGGCCGGGGUCCUGCUGGCGCCUCGCGCUGCCCGAGGGGUGAACUUGGGAAGCAACUCAGCCCCCUCGGUGGGACAGGCCCAGACAAGGGACCAGGGAGGAGCCUAUGAAGUCGUCAGUGCCUCUUUUUUGAAUGGAGACCUCUGGAACCCAGCGAAGAGCCUCGACUCAAAGAAUCAUCCAGAAGUGUUGAAUUUUCGAAUACAACUGGAAAGCAAAGAACUGACCAUAAAUCUGGAAAGAAACGAAGGUCUCAUUGCUAGCGGUUUCACAGAAACCCAUUAUCUGCAGGAUGGCACUGAUGUGUCCCUCACUCGAAAUUACACGGGUCAUUGUUACUACCACGGACACGUGCAAGGACAUUCGGGUUCGAUGGUCAGCCUCAGCACCUGUUCUGGUCUCAGGGGACUUAUUACUUUUGAAAAUAAAACCUAUGUCUUGGAACCAAUGACAAAUGUAACCGACAGAUACAAACUCUUCCCAGCGGAGACCCUGAAGGGCGUCUGGGGACCGUGCGGAGCACAUCACGAUACUUCUGGCCUCACUGCAGCCAGCGGGCUCCCGCUGCCAUCCUGGAAGCAGGCGAGAAGGCAUAAACGGGAGACCCUCAAGAUGACCAAGUACGUAGAACUGGUUAUUGUAGCAGACAACCGAGAGUUUCAGAGGCAAGGAAAAGAUCUGGAAAAAGUUAAGCAGCGAUUAAUAGAGAUCGCUAAUCACGUUGACAAGUUUUACAGACCACUGAAUAUCCGAAUAGUGUUGGUGGGCGUGGAGGUGUGGAAUGACAUCGACAAAUGCUCUGUAAGUCAGGACCCAUUCACAACCCUCCAUGAGUUUCUGGACUGGAGAAAGAUGAAGCUUCUACCUCGCAAAUCCCAUGACAAUGCACAGCUUAUCAGCGGAGUUUAUUUCCAAGGGACCACCAUCGGCAUGGCACCCAUUAUGAGCAUGUGCACGGCGGAACAGUCCGGCGGAAUUGUCAUGGACCACUCAGACAGCCCUCUUGGUGCAGCCGUGACCCUGGCACAUGAGCUGGGCCACAAUUUCGGGAUGAACCAUGACACACUGGAGAGGGGCUGUAGCUGCAAAAUGGCUGCCGAUAAAGGAGGCUGCAUCAUGAACCCUUCGACCGGGUACCCGUUCCCCGUGGUGUUCAGCAGCUGCAGCAGGAAGGACCUGGAGGCCAGCCUGGAGAAAGGCAUGGGGAUGUGCCUCUUCAACCUGCCAGAAGUCAAGCAGUCUUUCGGGGGCCGGAAGUGUGGGAAUGGAUACGUCGAGGAAGGAGAGGAGUGUGACUGCGGUGAGCCAGAGGAAUGUACGAGUCUCUGCUGCAAUGCCACCACCUGUACCCUGAAGCCAGACGCUGUAUGUGCACACGGGCUGUGCUGUGAAGACUGCCAGCUGAAACCAGCAGGGACGGCGUGCAGGGACCCCAGCAACUCCUGUGACCUCCCAGAGUUCUGCUCGGGUGCCAGCCCCCACUGCCCAGCCAACGUGUACCUGCACGACGGGCACCCGUGUCAGGGGGUGGACGGCUACUGCUACAACGGCAUCUGUCAGACCCACGAGCAGCAGUGUGUCACGCUCUGGGGACCAGGUGCUAAACCUGCUCCUGGGAUCUGCUUUGAGAGAGUCAACUCUGCAGGUGACCCUUAUGGCAACUGCGGCAAAGACUCCAAGAGUUCCUUCGCCAAAUGCGAGAUGAGAGAUGCUAAAUGUGGAAAAAUCCAGUGUCAAGGAGGAGCCAGCCGGCCAGUCAUUGGUACCAAUGCCGUUUCCAUAGAAACGAAUAUCCCACUGCAGGAAGGAGGUCGGAUUCUGUGCCGCGGGACCCACGUGUACCUGGGCGAUGACAUGCCGGACCCAGGGCUGGUCCUUGCCGGCACAAAGUGUGCGGAUGGAAAAAUUUGCCUCAAUCGUCGGUGUCAAAAUGUCAGUGUGUUCGGUGUUCAUGAGUGUGCAAAGCAGUGUCACAGCAGAGGGGUGUGUAACAACAGGAAGAACUGCCACUGCGAGGCCCACUGGGCCCCCCCCUUCUGUGACAAGUUUGGCUUCGGCGGAAGCACAGACAGCGGCCCCAUCCGGCAAGCAGAUAACCAAGGUUUAACUGUAGGCAUUCUGGUGACCACCCUGUGUCUGCUCGCUGCUGGAUUUGCGGUUUAUCUCAAAAGGAAGACAUUGAUACGACUGCUGUUUACAGAUAAAAAAACAGCCAUUGAAAAGCUAAGGUGUGUGCACCCGUCCCGGCCAUCCAGCGGCUCCCGGCCCCGUCAGGCUCACCUCACCCGCCUCAGCAAAGGCCUGAUCAGGAAGCCGCCACAUUCCAACACGCCCAAGGAUAAUCCCAAGAGACUACCACAGUGUCAGAACGUGGACAUCAGCCGGCCCCUCAAAGCCUUUGACCUCCCUCAGCCCAGCUGGCCUCAGCGAGUGCUCCCGCCUCUCCACCAGGCUCCUCGUGCACCCAGCGUCCCCGCCAGACCCCUGCCUGCCAACCCUGCACUUAGGCAGGCCCAGGGAACUCGCAAGCCGAGCCCUCCUCAGAAGCCUCUGCCUGCGGAUCCUUUGAGCAAGACGACCCGGCCCGCCAAUGCCUCAGCCAGGACCCUGGGACCGCGGGAGUCUGGGCUCUGCCUGGCGCCCGUCAGACCGGCUCCUAAACGUCCACACCAAGUGCCCAGACCCGCCCACACCACCUACACCAAGUGAGAAGAAGCAAGCCGACACUUUUUCAACAGUGAAGACAGAAGUUUGCACUAUCUUUCAACUCCAGUUGGAGUUAUUUUUUUUUUGUCCCAACUUUUAGAAUUUUUUUUUUAAUGUUUAAAACACCAUUAUUUUAAGAACUUCGAGCUACUGCCGUCGGUGCUGUGCUCUGCUAUGGUGCUCUGUAUACUUGCUCAGGUACUUGUAAAUUAUUAAUUUAUGCAGAAUGCUUGUUACAGUGCAGUGCGCUGUAGUAGGCGGGUUUUUUUUUUUUUUUACCAUCACUGAGUUUUCCAUGGAAGGAAGGCUUCUUGUGCUUUUCAUAGUUUAGUGAACUUGAAAUAUCGCGCUUUCUGAGAUUCUGGACAGGAUGUUUACUUUUUGAUCAAGGCUUUAUGGGAGAGCAAUUCCCCACUACCCAAGGCUGUGGUUAUGGUACCAGACACAGCUCAAGAGACCCCCAGGUAGAACCUUGAUUGGUUUUCUGGAACCCUCAUCUCAGGCCGGGACUUCAAGUCCAGGCUGUGCUCAGCUUUCAGGGAGCCCUUGGGCCCUUUCACAGCUGACAGGCUGGUCCACCAGAGCUAUGCCUCGAAACUCCAGGAUAGCGAGUAAGGAUGAGGCUUCUGGCGGGGAAGCUUUGGAGAGAACCUGGGUUUCAGAGAGGAAUUUUAAGGUGUGGCUACACCAGGAUAGAGACUGGAACAUAAAGCCAGACAGAAACUUGACCUUGAGCUCACUGGCCAUGAGCAUAUUUGGAGAGCGACCAAAAAAGCUUGCUGUAUAGAAACCCCAAAAACGUCUUUUCCUGGCUGCCCUUUACAGAAUGCUGGUAUCAGCCCUGACUUAUAUCGGGAAAGGUGGUGUUUCUAUAAGAAGCUACUGCCCAGGCUCUGCAAGCCUCCGUCUCCCCAUCCUGUUUGGAGCUUAGCAAAUUACCACGUUGUCUUCUCCACUGUAACACAAUGAUUCUGUGUUCAGACAGACAGAUGAGGCUUUCUGUGGGACCAUAACUAUUUUCAGAUGUGAACCGGUAACCAAAUCUAGUGAACCAACUCUGUACAUAAAAAGCUCCCUUUACGGCAAGGUUCAACUUAUUCAAAAUUAGGCAGGAUCCCUAUGCUUGUAAAAAUUACAACCAAAUGGAUGCUGUGUUCGCUGGUAUUGGCUAUGUCAGCUGUCCUUGUUGGUGUAUAUUGGACAAAGGGCCAUCGGUUACUAGGAAGUUCUUUUGGGGGUAUCCUAUUUUCCCCCGUUGGCUGCAGGAAUUUUUAAAAGAUGUUUUUAGCAUAAAGUCGGAAUCUCUUAAACACUUGCAACCUACCUGUUGAGCAUCACAGAGUGUGACAGGAAAUCAGUUUCCCAGUCUUAAAUAUUUACGAAAUGCAGUCUUGAGCAGCGUCCCCUUCAAACUUUUACUCUUCAGAUGUCUGACAGGGGGAGCCAUUUUCACAAGGAGAGCUUGAAGACGCCUGCAUCUAAUUGCGUGAAAACUACAAAAUACUCAGACAAGGGAAAAUGCCUCUGUCUUUCUAGUGGGGUCACAUGUGACUCGUGUUUACAUUAGAAGGCAUGUGACAACGGUUCCAGAAUUCACUCUGUUUUAUGAUAAAGACGUCAUCUGGGGUCAAUUUCAAUGGUUUUUCUAUGCCUUGAAGUAGAAAGACAAAAACGUACCAAGAACCUUGGUUUGCCUUCCAGAAAACAAGGCUGCAUUUUAACUCUCCCCAUACUCCCCAGCAGAUCUAGGCAACAUAGUUAUUCAUGAUCAUGGAUACACUCAAUAAGUCCUCAUCACACACACACACACAC